AUGGUGGCGACGGACACUGAAAGUGGUGCCGAGGACAGUGUAUUCACCGACGCCACUUCACAGUCGGAGACUGGUGCAGGGACCGUCGUACGCAGAAAACGGCAAUUUUCUGUGCCGGAGAUGGUGGCUCGCGCAGAGGGCAGGAAGUCCAAGCGACCGGCGGUGAGUAGACUGUCGAAGUCUCCGCGUGAGACCGCAUCGCCCGGCGCAGCUGUGAUGUCCGCAGAAGCCCCAGCCACCGUGGAACUCAGCGACGCCGCCAUGUCUCGCAUUAAGCAAAUGCUGGAUGGAAGCAUCGCAACGGUCAUCGCUGCGUUCGAAACAAAGUUCAACAGCAUGCAGCAGAGAAUCGACGUGCUGGAAGGAGAAGUUAUGGACAGGGACGUGGAGAUCCGUAGCCUGCAUGAGCAGCUGGUGAGACAAGGAAAGGCUCUGGAGGAACAGCAGGAGAGAACAGAGGGCAUCGACCUCAACCGCAGACUCUCGACGCUGAUCCUCACCUGUGACGACUUCAUCUCCAAGACGACUGACGAAGAUGUCGAGCAGAAGAUCUCCCAGGUGCUGAACCAGAGGUUCCCGUGGCUCAACAUGACGCCAAAGGACAUCCAGUCGGCUCACAGGCUCCAAGCGAACAACAAAGUUAUCGUUCGCUUUGUGAAACGUCGAAUGCGUGACGCAGUGUACGAAGGCCGAUUCGAGCUGGUCAACAGGACUGCGCGCGACGCUCGCAGACUGUCACCGCUGUACAUAACAGAGAGCCUGACUCCCAAGAAUCGUGAGGUCUACUCUUACCUGCUGGAAGCCAGGAAACCCGUAAACGGAAGCAAGGUCGCUUCAGUCUUCAGUCGCCGCGGUCUGGUGUUCUGCCGGGUGGAGAGAGGAGGGCCCAACAUCAGCGUGCCGGAUCUCCAGCGAGCGCAGCGCAUCGUGAGCGGGGAGCGCAGCGCUCGGAGACCGCCCCCGGGCAGCGCGCCCUCCCGGCCUCCGGGCGGCCCCCGCCCUCCUGCUCCUGCGGCGGCGGCGGGCCCGCCUCAGCCCGGCGACGCUCGUCCGCCGGCGCCGGCGCCUGCGGAGACGGUCUCGACUCGGCCUGGUGCUGCCGGCCCUGCCGCUGUUCCCGCUGGGCCCAACCCGUCUCCUCCCGCGGCGUUGGCGGCUCCGGGGCUGCCGGGAGCUAUGGAGCUGCGGGAGCCGUCUGGCGGCGCGCCGGCGGCCCGUCCCGUGGCGGAUUCCCGUCUAGGAUCCGUGACAGCCGGAGCGGUCCCUGGAUCUGCAGCGGGAGCCGUGGUGGGAGCUGACCAGUGA